AUGAAAUCCUACGGUUUAUACCAACUGCUCUUUGCUGCAUUCAUUUGCAGUGCUAUAACUCAGCUCCACGCAGCCGACGAUAAAGCUGCUCGUGAAGCAUGCAUCGCGGAGGCCAAGCUAACAGCCACCGAUGCCAAUCAGGUUAGAGCCGCUGCUAUCAUUAGUAAGCUCAUUCAAAACGAUUCUGAGGCGCUGAAAUGUUUCCAGCUUUGCUACUACAAACAACUUGGUCUCAUCGACUCUACUGGCAAAACGAAUGCGGCUAAAACACUCGAGUACAUGUCGCAGGUUAGCGGCAUUUCGGAUACAAAUAAGUUAGCUGCUGCACUGGGUACAUGCGAGUCGGUCAAAGGUAGUAGCGGAUGUGAUAGGCUAUAUCAAUUUGAAAAGUGCGCUUUGGCCAAAUUGGGUGUUUGA